AUGGCUCCCCAACAACCCAUCCCCGCCCCGGCGCCCUCUCAAGCUGCUGCGCCCCCAAUCUCUAGCGGUGGCCCCAGUUCCACCGCACACCCCAGCACAAGCCCCUCCGCAACACAAGGCCAGGUCCAAUCCCACAUCCAGCAACACCUCAAAGAGUUCCCGAUCGCGCCGACCCUCGUGCUCGUCUUCUUCCUCCUCUUCAUGGCGACCAUGCUCGGCUUCGUCGUGCAGAAGCACCACCACCGCAGGAAGCUCCUCCGCGCCGCGCAGAGCCAGCAGGACACCCAGAACCAAAACCAAAACCAAAAUCAGUACCAAUACCAGAACGAAUGGCAGGCGCAGGCGCAGCCUGCGCAUGCGGACGGCGCUCCUCUGGGUGGAACUCAGGAUCUGCGCACGCCCAGCCACAAUGUCGCCUCAGACCAGGCCGUGAGCGCCGACGACGCGCAAGCUCGGCGCCGUUCUCUGUUUGGCUCCGGCUGGCUGACAUCGCUGCUCGGGCGCGGACACACUGACUCGGACGCGCAGGAGAAGGGAGAUGCUGCGGCGCAUCCGCGGUCGACGUCGACAGUCCGGAUCCACAGCUCCGAUCUCGAGAAAGUCGACUUCGCCGGGGCCUUUUCGCACGCUGGAACAUCUGCUUCUGCUGCCUCUGGUUCUGGUUCUGCUGAAGGCCACGGGGCUCCCUCGGUCCGUCGCAAAUCUUCGCUCAUGCGUGCGGCAAGUAGAUUCAAGGCUCGAGCGUCUUCGAAACGCCCCCAACCAGACUUCCUCCCCCCCGUUCUCGAAACGCCCGAACCCGCCGCGCAGCCCGCCAACACCCUCCACCCCGCGUCCUCAAAUUCCGGGAUCUACGCCGGCGGGCCCCACGGCCCCUCCUCCCAGCUGACGCUCGUCUCCGUGUACGACGCCAAGAAGCCCUCGCGCGAGAACACGCCCCUUCUAGCGGACCUAGGCCUCGUCGCUAGCACCAGCGCCAGCACCGCAGACGCCUCGCGUCCUCCCUCGUCUGCUCCCCCUCAGGGCCCUGAACUCGCAGGCCCUUCUCUGGCUCUCACUGAGAUCACCCCCGCACCAUCCAGCACAACGCUAGUCGCCCCGCCUCCCACCGCCUCGGGCCCUCAGCACUCCGCCUCUCUUCCGUCAAUGGCGUCGCGCGACCAGGCCAUCGCAAUGGUGAGAGAGAACCGGCACAGCAACAGCGGCUUCUUCUAGGCUUCCUGAUUCCUGUCGAUGCGAUAUACCCCGGGCCUGCUGGAUAUCUCUUGUGCUCUGAUGUAAUCUCUGGUCUCUCCCUGCGGCGUUCUUUCCGGGUGUUUUGUAUCGUGACUGCCGUUAGUCAUAUAUACCCCUAGUAUGUUAGAUUUAAUCGGCGUCACUCGGACGCAAAAAAACUAUUACAUGUACAUGUGCGCAUGACGUAUGCGCAAUAACUUGUCCUUAGAAGACGUGCAUCUAAUGAGAAAAGAAACCCCC